UUAGUAAUACUGAUAUUGAAACAAAGAAAAAAAUACGCCCACUUAGUGUUACUUUUAUUUUACAGCGUUCACUAUAGUAUAAUGAUAGUUUACUUGGCUACAUUAUAAUUUUAUUGUAGUGCAAUGUAGUACUUUUUUACCUGGGAAGUUAAGCGAUAAAAGUCUUCCCGCUCAGGAAAGCACCACAAACUUACGACAGGCAAUAGCGUGACAAUCACUGGCUAACCGACCCAAUUCAUCAAGCAAUUCCACAGAUUUCAUUGCCCGGAAACCAAAAAUACUACGUCAAUCGUGGGAAGACAAAGUGGAUGCAGUGCGAAAUGAGAUGAUGGCACAAAAGCUGGAUGCCGUUGUAUUGACGGCCCUGAACGAGAUCGCUUGGCUGUUGAACCUGAGGGGUGGCGACGUGCCCUACAGCCCUCUGGUAGAAGGUUACGUAUAUUUAUCGCUGGAUCGCAUUGUGCUCUUUAUCCAACCGACGAAAACGACGGAACUGAUCCGGGAACACUUGAACAGUGACAACUGUCAAGAGGAAACUAUUUGUGUCGAAGUGAGACAUUACGAAAACGUCUUCAACGACUUGCCCGUUGCAACGAAGAAUGUCGACUCUGUCCUGCUGCCCUCUAACUACGCCUACAGUGGAGGAGUCAGUUUUGCCAUUUACGAGACGAUUCCUGCAGUCAAGAGACAGACAUCGCCUUCACCAUUGAUUUUAUUGAAAGAGACGAAAAAGGCCAUCGAAGUGGAAGGAAUGAAAAACGCCCACAUGAAAGAUGCAGUGGCCCUAUCCGAUUUUCUCUCUCUUCUCCAAGAACAGAUUCAUGAAGGCAAAGUGCAAUGGGAUGAGUUGAAAGUCGUCCACACGUUGGACGAGUAUCGCCAACAGCAGGAUCUGAACCGAGGACCAUCUUUCAGCACGAUCGCUGCAUUCGGACCAAAUGGCGCACUUAUCCAUUACAAGCCGUCGUUGGAAACCAAUCGAAUUAUUGACAAUUCCUCGUUUUUGAUAAUCGACUCUGGUGGCCAGUAUCUUGACGAGACGACGGAUGUGACCCGUACAUUCCAUUUUGGUCUUGCAACUCAGCGUCAGAAAGAGAUUUACACUCGUGUUUUAAUGGGAGCUAUCGACCUGGCUGCACUGGUUUUCUCCGACUCAAUCGCGGACAGCCACGUCGAUAUCAUCGCCCGUCAAAACCUCUACCAGGUCGAACUGGACUACCAUCACGAAACCGGCCAUGGCAUUGGCUCCUUUCUCAACGUUCACGAAAGUAUACAACGACUGACCAAAUGGAAAUGUUGCUUGGUUGUUUUGACGCGCUUAUUACGCCGGUCCCAUUCAAGUGAAUAUCAACAGCAAAGAACCUCACCGUUUCCGCGCCAAUUAUUUCUUUUCUGACGAACCAAGUUAUUACUUGCCCAAUGAGUACGGCAUCCGAUUGGAAACGAUCCUUCGUGUCGUCGACGUAAAAAUGACGGUACAUUCAGCACGUAUUGCAGUCCAUUGAAACGUGUUGUUUACCCAACUGUUGGUCUUUUGUUGGACGUUCUUUUCUCUCUACUUUUGGAGGCUGGGUCACUGAUGGAUGACAAACAAUGGCAACAACAUUCCACUGAAAAAUAGCAGCAGCAUCCACAGGACGAGUCUCACUACACAGGCGGAUGCUGACCCUGGCUCGUCUCCAAAACUCGUCCGGUAACCCCUUCACCAUAACGGACUCCUAGAAACAACCCGCCCAGACCAUCUUUUAACAGGCAACAAUAAAUUUCUAAGGCCGUCACAGUUUAUAAUUUUUUUUUUAUGUACUCUAACUGAAUUUCGUACUUUAAUUCCUGUUAUUCAACGCACUUUUAUAGGUCUGAAUUGUUUAUAUCUAGCAAAGUACAGCAGCUGAUUAAGCAUUUCCAUGCCUGGCCGAGGUAAUGGGGGAAGAAGGGAAUAUAAGGGCCUUUUAAACGACUUUUUAUCUUUUCACGUACAUCGUCUAGAAAAAUGUCAAGACACUUGCAUUAUCUCUUGCAAAAAAAAAUGGGUGAAGCUGCAAAACUAGUCUCGAUAUUGCGAGAUACACCUUACAAAGAGUUAUUGCUGUUGAAGUCGAGUAGAAUGCCCCCUGGAGCAAAGGUCUAUAAAUUGUCGACCAGACUAAAAGAAAAACGCAAAAGAAGACGGGGAACAAAAAGAGGCGUUGAACAUUGUAUCUGCAGAAGAAGAAGAAAAUGGUAGUAGUUGUGGGGCGGAGGUGCGGGAUAUGAAGAUUGGCACGUCGAAAUGUACAAGGAAAAAUUUUUUUUUUGUUUAAAGAAAAGAAACAGUAAAAAUAAAAGAAAACGCCCUCCCGUAAUGUCAGCAUGCACGAAACGAACCAGAGGCACAACAACCGAAGAUUUGGAAAGAAUUGCGCAGAAAAUAUUUUUCCAUCCCUCGUAACCAACAAAAACAAAGAGUACUUUUUAUAUCACAGGUGACUGACGCCCUAAGAAAGCACGUAAAAGGAGCAAUAGUAAUCACAAAUUGGGAAACAUUGCAAAUAUAACCGAAGAACAAAUGGACGAAUUGGAACGUGAACAAAUGAAAUACGUACCGCAGCAUGAACCGGGAGCGCCUGAAAAUUUUACGGCAACUUCUUAGCGUCUUAAAUACUUUGCUGCAGCACUAGCUCUCAAAACCUCGGCAAGAAUGAGCAUCUAAACCACGAUAUAAUAGGAAAGGGACAAGCUAGUUCUGCCACGCAUAUCCGUCUAGCUCUCAGUCUAGUAGGAUUUAUGCAGUAUUAUUGGCCCGGACAAUUAAUUUUUUGUCGACUGGUGACGGAAAAUUCACAUGUGCUGGAAAAACAGAUCAGUCGGUCUCAUCAUCCGCCAAAACCUGGUCCGUCAAGUCGUCCUCACCCUUUAAGUAACAAACAACCUAUACUAAAUCACACAAUCGCUACCACACAUUCUUCAGUGGAGUACUUUUUAUAUCAGAGGUGACUGACGCCCUAAGAAAGCACGUAAAAGGUGCAAUAGUAAUCAUGCAUUGAAAAAUAUUGCAAAUAUAACCGAAGAACAAAUGGACGAAUUGGAACGUGAUCAAAUGAAAUACGUACCACAGCAUAAACCGGGAACGCCUGAAAAUUCCACGGCAACUUCUUACCGUCUUAAAUACUUUGCUCCAGCACUAGCUCUCAAAACCUCGGCAAGUAUGACCAUCUAAACAUUCCGCGACAAACUAGUUCUGCCACGCAUAUCCGUCUAGCUCUCAAUCUCAUAAGGUUUGUGCAGUAUUAUUGGCCCGGACAAUUGACUUGUUGAGGACUAGUGACGGAAAAUUCACAGGUGUUGGAGAAACAGAUCAGUCAGUCUCAUCGUCCGCCAAUACCUGAUACCUCCUUGGCAGUUGCCACGCCGUAAAUAGAUUCAUCGACUGCUAACGAUACUAGAACAGACUCUGCAGAUAUCCAAAAAAAAAACUAAAAUCAGUAAACAGUAGACAUUUCUUAAUAACCUUACCACAAGAUAGGUCACAAAAGCCAAAUGGCGGAUAGAUCCAGCGCAAAAAGCCCUCCCGGUGAUCAAGCGGGCAAACACAAAUUCCAUCCACAGCACAAGUCUAAAGAACCAGAAAGUAACUUUCAUCUGCACAUUUCAUUGCACAUUAAUUUACUGUCUUGUUGUUGUUUCACAAUUACACAUUUUCGCACGAA